AUGGAGUCCUAUCUGGGUAAGUUUGUCCCCAGAUUUAACGAUGAAGUCGCGCGGUGGCAGCCGCAGAAGUGGGCCGACCUGUUCCGCAAAGCCGGGGCCGAGUACGUGGUCCUCACGACGAAGCACCACGAUUCAUUCCUCCUGUGGCCGUCCGCUGUGGUCAACCCUAACCGGCAGCAGGAACACCAGCACGCCAAACGUGACAUCGUUGGCGACCUUACGCGCGCGGUUCGCAGGGCGGGUAUGGAGAUGGGCUUGUAUUACAGCGGCGGCUUCGAUUGGUCUUUCAAAACCUGCAGUUGCGAUCCGGAAUCGGCCGAGUACGAGGAGCUGGCUUACAACCAUCUUGAGGAGCUCAUUGAGCGGUACAAGCCGUCAGUGCUGUGGGACGACAUCAACUGGCCGGGGAAAGGGUGGACGAAGACGAAUCGGUUGUACAAGUUGUUCGCCAAAUACCUGAACGAAGUUUGUCCCGAGGGCACCAUGAACGCGCGUUGGAGUGCAGUAGGCGAGUUCAAGGGUGAUUUCUCCACCCCCGAGUACCGAAAUAACGACAAAGUCAGCGCCAAACCGUUCGAGAUGUGCCGCGGGAUCGGCCAGAGCUUCGGGUACAACGCGGAGGAGACCCCAGAGGACCACAUGACGCCGGCCGAGGCCGUGUGGCUUUUGGUCGACGUGGUGGCUAAGAACGGCAACCUCCUGCUGGACGUGGGCCCUGCCGCCAACGGCUCCAUCCCCUGGCCGCAGCAGCGCGUGCUCGAGGGCCUCGGGGACUGGAUGAAAGUCAACGGCGAGGCGAUCCGGGCGUCCCGCCCGUACCUCCAGGCCGGGGCGGUGGCCAAGGGCAACUGCCGCUUCACGGCCCGGGAGGACCGCGUCUACGCGGUGCUGCAGGCGGUGGAGUUCGGCGCCCCCGUGCAUUUUAAGCACGAGGAGCUGAUGGUGCCCGCCGCUGCCGCGGAGCUGCUCGUGGAGGGCCGAGCGCUGCCCCUCGCGCUGGAGGCGGGCGGCUGGCAGAUCCCUCUGGAUGCCGCGGGCCGGACCGCCGGCAGGGGCUCGCUGCCGGUGGUGCUCCGCCUGAGGGCCCCCGCCGCCCCGGGCCGGCAGUGA